CUGUGUUCUCAGCCUACACCUUCACGUGGUCCUCCUACAGACCCCCAGACCAAAACAACCCUGGAUGAUAGAGCCUGGGCUCAACACUGAAAUGAAGAAAAUGAGAGGAGGCAAAUACCAACACCAGGCUGUGAUUAACGACUAUAGUAACUCAAUACCAAAGGAAGGGGUGAACAAAGGUCAUCUCUUCCCAAAUUCACAUGCUCAUGACCUUGAUACUCAGGUGUCCACCUUUACCCUGACCAACAUCGUUCCCCAGGUGGUGUCCUUCAACAAUGGCAGCUGGAGAGAAAUGGAGGAAAAUGUCAGAGAAAAGCUUACGAGGAACUGUAUUAGUAACAACCUGAUAAAAGCCUAUGUGGUGACUGGAGCAGUUCCCAGCACCAACAACAACAAACAAAACGAAAAGACACUGAAGAACCGAGUGAACAUCCCGUAUCUCAUGUGGACAGCCUUCUGCUGUGAAAACAAGUACAUGAAGAACAAGCAGUGGAUGGCCGGAGCAUACUGGGGGUUGAACAAGGAGGGGGAGGCAUUGAAUCAACUAACCUUGGGAGCACUCGAAGACAAGUUGAAACAUUUUCAUGGUAAAGAUCAAAAACCUCCUGUCAAGGUGUUCCCAGAAGAUUGUUCAAGAGGUCCUAAACCUACCACUCCCCCCCCAACCCAGUUGGAAGAAUUUCUUCCGUAGUGAGGAAUCUUUACAAUUCCAUGAGAAAUAGUUCUGGAAGGUUCUUUGGAUGAUCUGGGUACAGAUGCUCUCACCAUAUCAACAAACUAUCAUUACUGUUAGACUAAUGAUUAUCAGGGUUAUAAUGGUAAUGAGGGUUAUAAUGGUAAUGAGGGUUACAAUGGUAAUGAGGGUUGUAAUGGUAACGAGGGUUAUAAUGGUAAUGAGGGUUAUAAUGGUAACGAGGGUUGUAAUGGUAACGUGGGUUGUAAUGGUAAUGAGGGUUGUAAUGGUAAUGAGGGUUAUAAU